GACAUGACGGCUGUGAGGGAACUGGUGCUGGUGCUGGGCCUACUGGUGAGCGCCCGCUGUGAGGUCAGAGCGCGGGACCCCGAUGUGGACGAGGACGACGAGGAGUCGGGGCCAAAAGGAGGAGGAGGAGGAGGAGGAGGAGGAGGUGCGGGAGGAGCGGCGUCUCCCCCCAUCCUCGAGGGGCUUCACCCAAGGGCGUCGGAGACGUCCCCGCUGGGAGACAGAGGGAACCACCCAGCCCGGACCGGAAACUGGUGUGCGUUCGUGCAGAAGCGCGUGGUUACCGUGGCGGUGAAGUGUGGAACGGAGACGUACACCAUCAAGUCUCAGAGUCCGUGUCCGAGUGGGAAGUCCGACUGUCAGCUGGUCAUGUACAAGCUGUCCACCCGGCCGGUCUACAGGCAGAGGCAGCAGAUCUCCAGCGCUCUGCUGUGGCGCUGCUGCCCGGGGCACGGAGGACACAACUGUGAGGACUCAGUCUCUGGUGCACAGCUGGAUUCCGGAAGCUCGGCUCUGAUUGGAGGAUCUGACACCGUGAGGACGGAGCCCCUCGCUCCAGGUACGCGAGACGGUCUGCAGCGCGGCGACCCGGACCAAGAACAGAGCGACCACCAGGUCCCGUAUGGCGCCGGCUACCAUGACGACCGGCAGGGCCCCACGCCACCGGCCCCGGAGCCGGACCGCCGGCACGACCCCGACGCCGGGCCCAAUCCUCAGCGCCACCAGGCCCACCGACCCCACCAAAGGCCGCAUGCGCCGCAGCAGCAUCAGCUGCAUCAGCUGCAUCAGCUGCAUCAGCUGCACCGGCAGCAGGAACACCGACCCCCUGUCGAUGAGGUCGAUGCGGAGCCCCUCCUGUACCCAGAAGCCCCCGCUCCCCUCCCCGUCCCCCACAUGAUGGCCUUGGUCAUGUCCCAACUGCAGCCGGUCCUGCAGGGCUUCAACCGCUCGCUGGAGCAGCUGGGCCGGCAGGUGGGGGACCUGGCCCGGGACGUGGCCCGGCUGAAGGGCAGCGGGCCGGAGGAGGUGGAAGAGGAGGAGGAGGAGGAGGAGGAGAUGCAGUCCGGAGCAGCGGAGCAGCGCCUGGAUGCCAAACUGGAUGAGGUGUUUCAGCACGUCGAGGAGGUCCGGAGGCAGAUGGAGAGCCAGCGGACGGACGUGGAGAACAGGCUGCACUCCCAGCAUGCAAUGCUGCACUACAACCUGACCAGCUUCAAGAUGGACGUCGACGUGAAGCUGAAACGCCACCAGAAGAUGUUGCAGGUCAGCCUGCAGGCCAUGAACGCAACGCUGACCGAGCUGAAGCUGGACCAGGAUCAGCCCGCUGAGGAUCAGCUGGAGGAUCACCCCCCUCCGCCCCCCCGCCCACCGCUGCAGCCCCCCUACACCUCGGCCCUCUGGGAGGCCAUCGAGCGGCUGGACAACGUGGUGGUCAACAACUCCGUGAAGGUGGACGGCCUGACGGAGGACCUGGAGAUCAGCCUGGGGGAGGUCCAGCAGCUGAGGCGGGACGUCAAGGAGCUGGAGACGCACAUCAACGGGACGGCCAGGACCAGUCAGAUCCUGUUCAUGGAGACGGGGCUGGAGGUGGAGGCGGCGAGGGAGGCGGUGCUGACGCGGGUCGGCGAGCUGGCUCGGAACCUCAGCCGGCAGGGCGGGCUCCUCCAGGAGAUGGACGUGGACGUGGACUAUUUGUACGAGGCCUUCUACAAGCACAACUCCUCGGCCGGCUGCGACUGCAGCGGGCUGAAGGACGCCAUCGCUCUCCUGGGGAGGGGCGUGGCCAACGUGACGGAGCUGGCCAACGAUAACCGGCUAGCCCUGGAGGAGGGGGACGCCGAGGUGGCGCAGCGGUGGGGCGCAGCGGGCGACUGGGAGCCGGCAGUGGAGGCGCUCCAAUACGGCCUCCAGCAGGUGAAGGAGUCUCUGGCCUCAGAGCACAACAGGACCAGCAGUCUGGACCAAAGCCUGGCGCUGCUGAGCAGCUGGGCGCAGGCCGACCUCUCGGGCCUGAAGCUGGCCGACGCGGCGCUGGUGAAGGAGAUGCAACGCCUGUCCGGCUCCUUCACGUCGCUCCUGACGGACGUCGUCCGACACAGCGACGUGCUAGGGCUGCUGCUGGGGGAGGAGGUGCUGGAGUUCCUGCAGUGGACCGUCCGGGAUCAGGAGGCCACCUCCAUCCCAGCUCUGAAGAAGCAGCUGAGUCUCCUGCAGGAGCAACAGAGAAGGAACAGCCUGGACAUCACGUCGCUGCAGGGCAACAAGCCAGGAGGUCGUGAGGAGUUGCCAUCUGCUGACCAGCCCUCCUCCUCCUCCUCCUCCUCAUCGCAUCCUCACUCUGACGACUGGCUCCCUGGGAGCAUGAGGAGGAACAGCGGUGGAGUUCCGGCCCGCGAGCGCCAGCUCCUCCUCCGCCCGCAGCACGCAGGAGACGGCAGUGACCUGUGGAACCUGGAGAAAACGGUGGAGCAGCUGAAGCUGAAGGUGCUCCUGCUCGAGGAGAAGUCCUCCAACGCUUCGAACCAGAGGGAGGCGCAGGCCAGGCUCCAGUCGGAGGUGAUGUGGCUGAAGAGGGGCCUGGAGGAACACCUGAGGGUCUUCAAGAACGUCUUCAGUAACGCUGACGCGCUGGUGGGUUCCGACGCCACGCUGGAGCUCGACAAACUGUGGCAGCUGGUGAAGAACCGAGACGGGAAGAAGGAGAAGAAGAGUGGAGGAGGAAGAGGAGGUGCAAACCGUCGGAGCAGGAGGGACACGUCAGGUGCGGCUGAGGUCCCGCUCAGCCAAUCAGGAGACCCCCUGCUGCUGGUGGGCGGGUCUCCUGUGCGCGUGUCGAGCAGCGUCCUGGUGUUCCGGGCCUCGCUGAACCGGGGUCAGUGUUACUCCGACGGGGGCGCCUUCGCGGCCCCGCUGGACGGAAUCUACCUGUUCGUCCUCACCUUGGACCUGUAUCCCGGCCGCGCCCACGUGGUCCUGAGGAGGGGCUCGGGCGCCCCCCCGCGGGUCUUGCAACGGCGGGAGGCGUCGGCCGGCGGGGGGGCGGUCACCAACGUGGGCCUGCUGCGCCUCCGGAGGGGGGAGGAGGUGAAGCUGGAACUGAGGGGAGCGGCGAGGACGGCGGUGCGGACGGCGUCCGAGGACCAUGUGCUCAUGGUGCUGCUGCUCCACCGGGGGGGGGACUCUGGCAGUUAAAACAGAUUCAGACGCGCUUCAAGUUUCAAGGCACCCCUCGAUCCAUUAAACCGCCACUCUGUUCUCCAACUUGAGCUUCAAACUCGUUCGUGUUUCGUGUUUUUGUGUUCAGUGCAGGCAGUUUUUUUUGGUUUAGGUUAUUAUAAAAGAAAAGAACAACAUGACAGUAUUCAGUUUAAGUUUAAAUACAGAUUUCAGUGAUUUCAAAUGUUACAUUUUGAGGUCAAAAACAGAAAUGUAAUGAACCCAGAUUGCGAGAAACAAAUGAUUCCGGCACAGAACUAGAAACUGCUCUUUACUUUUUAGUUAUAAGUUAUUAUGUGACUACAAAGUGGGUGAAAACAGCCAGAGACACAAGACAUGUUUCCAAGUUCAUGCUAAGCUAAGCUAAGCUAAGCUAACCACAGAUCUGCUGCUGCUGUCAUCACAUCAUCUGGGUCUAAAGGGAUUUAUUUUCUAUUUUCUACAAAGAUAUGUUUGUAUCUAAAGUCACCUGUCAUGUGUAAUGUUUGUAAAGUACGUAGUGAGGUAAAGUAUGUUAUAUAUAUUUAUAUAAAGGACAAGCUGAGGCAUAAAUGAGUUUAGAGAAAAGUCAGAUGACAGAACAUUCUUAUCUAAAGUGUAACGUAAUACAAAUGUAUUUAGAGUGGAUCAUUUCAUGUAAAAAGUCUAUAAUGCCAUAUUAAAAAGAUGUCAUGACGUUCAAGACACACUGUAUUUAAGUUUAAAUUUUUAAAUUAAAUUUAAAUUUUGUAGGAGAGGGACAUCGAAAACACACUAAAAUGUGAAGUAUGUCAGAAAUUGAAGAAUUUAGUAUAACCUACAAAUGUAAAAUUUAAAAAUAUACUUCAUAUAAUAACGGUCAU